GAAGAAAGCCAUCCCAUUCCAUCCUCCCGAACAAGGCAAGAAGAUAAGGAACACGGGACGCACCAACCCCCGGCGAUUGCCGAAGGCCGGAACGAAACCAACCCCCUCGUCGUCCUAGAAGCUCCCGCGUCCCCUCCCCCUAGCCUCCGCUCUCCAAUGGCGCCCUCCCUCCUCGCCGCCGCCGCCGCCGCCUCGCCCUUCCUCGUCGCCGGCAGCAAUUGCAGCCGCCGGCCGCUGAGCGCCGCCCCCACCCGCCGGGCCGGGCUGCGCGUUGCCGCGCUCAAGUACGACCCUGCCAAGGUGGCGCCGCAGUCCGACCGGGUGCUCGUCCGUCUCCAGCAGAUCCCUGAGAAAUCUGCUGGAGGUGUAUUGCUACCUAAGUCUGCUGUUAAGUUUGAGAGGUAUCUGAUGGGUGAGAUUCUAUCGGUCGGUUCUGAUGUUAGUGAAGUUGAGGCUGGAAAGAAGGUUCUAUUUUCAGAUAUCAAUGCUUAUGAGGUGGACCUAGGUACCGAUGAGAAGCACUGUUUCUGCCGGGAAUCGGAUCUGUUAGCUGUUGUUGAAUGAAUUUUACCCUAAAAUUUCAGACUUGGGCGACAGUGCACCAAGCCUCCAAGUGAACGGGCUUGACCUUUGUCCCAACUUUGUUGUAUGCCAUUUGAAUGUUCAUGAAUUCCACAAACUGAUGAGUGUUAGUUACCAGUGAAUUUUGACCGCCAUAAGCAGUAAUGAAAUUACGCUUCUUUCCUUUACA